CGAGUUUAUACAUCGAAUGAGAAGGCAAAAUGACUCCUAAAUCGUAAUCAUCCUCUAUUAUUAUUAUUAUUUUGUCUUGUCGCCUGGUCGUUCCUGCAACAACUUCUUCUUCGUCGUUUCCCCUCUUCUUUCAUCUUCAAUCAAUUCCUAAGGAAUUCUUCCGAUCAGAUGGAAAGUGGGAGCCCAGUGUACACUGUGGAUGAAGCACUAGUGUCCUUGGGGUUUGGGAAAUUUCAAUGUCUUUUGCUUGCUUAUGCUGGGAUGGGUUGGGUUGCAGAAGCUAUGGAAAUGAUGAUUCUCUCUUUUGUGGGACCUACAGUUCAAGCUAAGUGGGACCUUUCUUCUCAGCAAGAGAGCCUGAUCACCAGUAUUGUCUUUGCUGGCAUGCUAGUGGGAGCAUAUUCAUGGGGCAUUGUUUCAGAUAACUAUGGAAGGAGGUAUGCCUUUUCCAUUUUAUUUUAUUACAUAUACUUAUUUUUCAACAUUCUCGUGGUAUUAGACAAGGAAAUACCUUCCCUCUUCUUCACUCCUCCCCUCUCAAAGAAUUGUCUAGCUCAUUCCACUAUGAAAAUUUGUUUUUUCCAUAUAUGCUUUUGUCAACUUCUUCCACGAAAAUUAUUCUUCCAUAUGUGCUUUUGUCAACAUCUCCCACUGGAGAGAGGCCAAUUAGCAUUUGAACUUAACGUGCUUUCAGAGUUCCCUGGGGUUCUGCUGUCAGCGGUUACUGUGGACAGGAUUGGUCGCAAGGCUUCAAUGUCAUUGAUGUUCUUCAUAUCUUGCAUUUUCCUUCUACCGUUGAUGUUCCAUCAACCUGAGGCCUUAACAACUUCUCUUCUCUUUGGAGCUCGAAUAUGUAUCACCGGAACCUUCACAAUUAUUUACAUUUAUGCUCCAGAGGUCUACCCAACUUCAGUCCGGUCGACAGGUUUUGGAGUUGCGAGCUCAGUGGCAAGAAUUGGUGGAAUGAUAUGCCCGCUUGUGGCGGUGGGAUUGGUAGAUGGCUGUCAUCAAACUGCUGCUAUUGUUCUAUUUCUAAUUGUAAUGUUUGUUUCAGGGGUUUGCUGUAUGCUUUUCCCAUUUGAAACCAAGGGCUGUGAAUUAAGUGACACUGUAUCUCAAUCAAGCAAAGUUGUCACUUGUAUUACACGAAGAAAUUGAUGCACGGUAAUCAGUACUAUCUAGCCAUUGUUGGAUUGUUGGAUUGCCAAAAUAUGAAAACGCUGAGCCACGUAGGCAUUCCUUUCAUGUGAAUAUAAUCAAUUUGCUCAA